UGUUGUCAGUGGCUGCUCUGCGAGGAUGCUGCUUGUCUGCAGGGGCGAAGCAGUGAAAUCUGUGCGCGUAAUUCCGUAGACAAGUUUCGCUGUGCAAAGCCAGGGUAAAGGGGGCGAUUGCUGCCAACCAGCCGUCACUCGGAGCCGCGCGCCGCUUCGACAGCAGCUGUACGGGGAUUCGCUCUGUCACCAAUGGGUGGCGACCCUGCGCGGUGAUCGAGUCCCUGGUCGACAAGCAGGUGUGCGCGCGUGUGCCAACAUUCGCGAUAGCCCGGCAACAUCACGGUGCCCUGUGAGAAAGAUCCAUAUCGUCGCUGGCGCCCACCACGCUGCCGCUAGUGUUUGCUUUCAUUUACCCCCAAGAUGCAGGGACCAGAAGCUCUUCAUCUGGAAGACGCGCUGGAGGAUAAUCCGCAGACGCGGUCUCUGGUCCAUCUCUUCGAGCAAGAUGCUCACCACCUUGACAAAUAUGUCAGAGUGAUGUACGAGCAUGCCAACCGCAUAUGGAACGCCGAGAAGGAACUGGCGGAUGCCACAGCAAGCUUGGCGUUCCAUAUGAGGCAGUAUGACUCUCAGGACUUUCCUCUGGACACAGAUCCGGAUAGCAUCCUCCGGUCAACACUCAGGCAACUUUCCUGCAGCCUAGAAGAGAUAAGCUCGUGGCAUCAAAUGUGCAGUGCCCACAUAGGGGACGGCAUGGUCUACCCUCUCUCCAGGUUUCUGGAGUCCGACCUCAGAGAAAUUUUCACCCUUGAAGAACAGUACAACAAGGCCACUGCAGAGCGGGAGCAAGCAAUGGGACGCUACUGCAAGCAGUCACGGCGAAAAGACACCGAUCGGCAGCGACUAGACCUGAGCGAGGAGCUGUACCUGGCAAACCGCCGAUUCCACACAGUGGCACUGCAGUUCUAUGCCCAGCUGAACGCGUUGCAGUACCGCCGCAAGGUGGCGCUGAUCGAGCCACUCUUGGGCUAUGUGCACUCCAUGAAGUCCCUGUUUGGCGUCGCCCACGAGACAAUGCACACAGCCGAGCAGGAUGAGUUCCUUGCCAACAUAGCCACCAGCCUGGGAGAGGUGCAACGAGAGCUGCAGGCCCAGACAGAAAAGGCAGCACUGCAGGCGGGCACAUUGGCGCGGCAAGGGGAGGAGAAUGCCGCCUAUCUCGCUGAGGGUGCCUCUGCGCCUGCCCAGACAAGCAUGUCCCAUAAGUCGGGCUACCUGUUCCAUCGGACGAAGAUUGCGGGCAUGGUAAGCCGCUGGGACCGAGCAUACUUCUACACCCUUGGAUGCCACCUUAUGCACAUUCCACGGGGGGAGAGCGUUGGCAGUGCCGUGAUGGAGAUCGACCGGGGUAGCGUGGCGCACGCCCUGGACGAAGACCGCCGCAACGUCUUCCAGAUCAGCAACGGCAAAAAGUCGGUGGUGCUUCAGGCAUUGAGUGAGCCAGAACGGGAUGAGUGGAUCACCACAGUGAUGAAUGUUGCUGCCGAAUGCUACCCGGGUGGCAGAUCACACUCCGUUCCCAAGGAGGCACCCACAGCCAAGACGGAGAGAACCCCGUCGCUACCCAAUGCAGCAGCACCCGGUUCUAUGCCUGCUGCUGCUGCUCAGAGUCAAGAACGGAAAACGGCACGGCCCAGGCCAGUGACGCAACAGGACAUGAAGGAACUGGCAAACACGCCCAUUCAGUUCGACAUGUUCUCCCCAUCCGAGGACAAGGUUUCGUCUGGGCACUCGCCAAAAGAUGGACCUGCUGUGCGAAUCAACCCUUUUGACCAGUGCGGUUCUUCUAUCACAAUGGAGUCGGCCAAGGAUGCGUCGUGCUCCUUCUGGGAGGCCUUCACCGUGCGAUUCCUCGGCUCCAUGCAAGUGCCCUGUGACAGAGGAGACCAGCUGGUCUGCGAGACCAUGCGCCUGAUCCUGGCUGCCCGCAUGGCACACAACGUCUUCAAGAUGGCCGAGUCACACAUGGUGGUCAGCCAGAAGGAACUGAGGGUUUUAGAUCCUUCCCAUCAGGCUGUGCGUGCCUGCUUCCCGUUGGCUGAUGUGUCCUUUUGGACAGUCCACAAGGAGAACAACAGACUGCUGGGCUUCAUCACGAUAAACUCAGGCGAAGGACCACCCACGUACAGGUGCCACGUCUUCGAAGUAAACACAAGCGCAGAAGAGGUGUGCAAUGCCCUCUCGGUGGCUGCCAACAUUGCCCUCAAGGCUCUCAUGGGCCAGCAGCAGCAACAACAGCAAGAAAAGCAAGCACAGAAAGAAGAUGAAAAGCAGAACGAGGAGCUCCUACAGAAACUGAAGCUCUCGGCAGAUGAAAACGCCCUUUUUCCUUCUACCACCAAGAAAGUUGAGUUGGGUGCUACUACAGGAGAAGGCGCGACAACUGUACCUUUAGAGAUGGGUGACGUCAAGGCAACCUGACCACACGCGCAUUCUUGAGCAGUUUCUCGUUUUGUUGGUUUCUUUGGACUGCCAAUUUAAAUUAGCUUUGAGUGACUGGGCGUCCUUGCCAGUCUUUGUUAGGUUGCCCGUCUACACUGGACAGUGUGCACAGCUUUCAAGCUGGAAACACUCAUUUCUGUUGGCCAUGCAGAGCGACCUCUUAUGUUGAUCAGCUGCGCAAGCUCAGUAAAAGUUGUCAACAGUGGACGUUUCCCGAGGAGGUCGACAUGAAAUUGUCCUCCAAUGUGAUGUGGUGACAUGGCUAAAUGUCUGGUGCAUUUUUUGUUGUUGUUGUUAGAUUACCUCGUGAUUGUGUUAACUAAAGAUACCACAGAAUGGUUUCAUGAACUGUUUCGAUAAAGGUGCCGUGGAACCAUUUUUGUGAGCAUGUGUGUAUUAGGCAGACUCAAUGGUUAGAAGGUAACAAAAUGUAGAUUUCAUCUUACGAGAUCGAAACUAAAUUUUGAAAGUGAAUGUAAGCCCUAAAACACAUGGUAAUAAUUUUAAGGAAGUCUCGUCAGUGUGCCAUUAUAGCAUGUUCCUGCUGUCAAUCCUAUAUUUUGCCUGUAAUUGUAAUGGCAUGGAAGCUGGCUGGGAAGUGCAGGGGCAAGAAUAUUACUGUAGGACUCUGUUUAAAAAGUCUAUUUAUGUUCACUGAUUUUGCAUACACAGUCACUGUCAAAAGUUUUGAAGCCACUGCACUGUUGACAAGACUUGCUUCAGUGAUUCUGAGCACAAAGGGCACACCAAACCCCAAGAGAGUAGUAACCAGUGGGGGGUGAACGCCACAGGGAUUCAGCCGCCUCGUGCCCAGUCACAUGCAUAGCAGGCAUAAAAGAGUUGUACUGCUAUGCCAAAUGUGGUCAUAUUCGUGAUAGCUAGAGAGCUUCAGAAGUUGGUCUUGACGGGCCUGAUCACAUGCACCGUGGCUUUAUACCUUUGGCAAAGACUUUUUGCAGUCAGCAUCAAAAGUUAAGGAGACGCAAAAUAUCUGAAGAAUCUGACAGUCUCCUCAGCCUGGGCAUGCAGCCUGUAAUUUAGAUUGGCAGUUGCAUGCACAACCAACACAAUACUGGGUCGCAAGCAAGAACUUGGCAAGAAUACAGCAUUUUCGCUAAAUGUAUGCCCUGUAAACUAUGAAUGCCAACUGUUACUUGUGCUGAAAAUAAGCUGCACAGUGUGAAGAAAGGUAACUGCAACAUUUGCAAGUAGGUGUUUUAUGCCAUGUACACUACAUUAUGUAUCAUCGAGUCACUUGCGAGUCUUUGUGACACCACGAACUUGUGAACACCAAUUACAUCUGCUUAAGAUAAGUUCUAUAAGCUCACUGAGACGCUUCCGUGUGGCCUGAAGAAUCCUCUCCAGCCAUCUCAUGCAAUGUACAUGCGCUGGCACGUACAGCUAGCCGCAAAAGUUUUCGGAAUGCAGAACCUGUAGAGAAAGCUCAAAAAUAUGGUUCACGCAUGUGGCUUGCAUCUUGCCAUUCAGGGUUGUGUUACUUACGAACAGAUGUCCUUCAGAACACACCUCCUCUCUUCGGGCUGGACACCAACGUUGCAAAGUAUUCGAGCACUCUUGCAGUUUUCAUAUUCCAAAAAAAAAGCUUUGUGCGCAGCCACGCCUGACAGAAACACACACAAGCUGUAACAGAGUCUUCAUAAAUAAGCAUGGAGCAGGUGUGAAAAAAUGCACAUGCCAGCCAUCACAGUGUGCUUCAUUGGGAUCUCCAAGGAAAGAAAUAUAUAUGCACCAUUGCCAUAGUGCAAACUUCCAGUGGUUGAGUAGGAGCAGCUUUCCUCAGCACUGAGAUGAGAAAGGCAUGUUUUUCUAGUCAGGUCAGCGCAGGGGUGGUGCAUUUAGCUGGCACAUUCUAAACGAGUCUCCUCGAAUCUACCAACAAGAGGAACGCAUCACCUUGCACCGAGUCAUCCAGACGAAUGUGUGUUCCGAUCUGCAGAGCCGGAUAAAAAGCAGCUUCGAGUCGAUCACCGAGAUUUACCAGUGUACCUUCUACGUUGUCGAGUAGCCCGCAAACUUUUAUUAGCACGAAUUGAAAUGCAAACAAGUUUGCAUCAAGCCAGAGUGCUUUUUUUUUCGCUCUUAUUUUCACCCUAAAUAGGCACUUACGAGAAAAACAAGUUUAGCUGUACUAGUAAAUUACGCUUCUACAACGCCAGAAGUGCCGCUGUUAUAGUGAAGAGUGGCUUGAUAAGAGUGGCUUGAUAAGCUACCACAGAUGCAGAAAUGAAGAUGGGUGGUGACAUAGCCUUGAAGUUUUGACACCAGCUUGAAGUGACAUCAUGGAUUUUUCGUGGCACCUGAUCUGGCCUAUUUAAUCUUUUAUUGGAAAUAACGGACCACAUUGUAUCUUAAGAGAGUCAAGGACUGAACUUGGCAAGUUUCGAUUACAUUUAUGGCACUGAAAAUGGCCUAAAUACGAAACAAAUACAUUUGAAUCUGUGAUGCCACACAUGAUGCACCAGCACUGGCGUUGUUUCAGCACAUCAUUCAAUAAAAUUAAGUUUAACCUUCACUUUAUCUUGUAGUAAUCAGCCUCUUACUGCAAAAUUAGUGUAAAUAUGGUUUUAAAUAUCAGUUUAGACUGGUAGUGUUUCUCUCUAGUGUCCCUUGAAGCAAUGUGUGCAAUGUUGGGAUGCUUCGUUCCCAGAUGUAGCUUUGUGGCUUAAGUCUGUUUAUUCAUUGGAUGCACAGUGGUGCCACAUAAGGGUUACAGUAAAGCAAGCUAAUUCGUAAUAAUUCAUACUUCACCACAAUGCAGUACGGAGUAACACAGAGAAGUCUUAUGAUACCCAUGUCAAAGAGUUUCUUUACGAAAGCAAAGCAGCAAGGCACUUAGUAUGACUUGCAUACAAAAGUUUUGCUACCCAUAACCCAAAUUCUAUCGGUGACAUGUAUACAGUGCUGCACGAAGAGACCCAUUAAAGUUUACAGCACCAUCUACUGGCCACUGAAAACAGAAGGAAACCUUAAGGUGCUCAAGCAAGAAACACUAGUCAUCACUUGGAAGUGCCAAUAAUAUUGCAAAAAUUGCAGCCAUUGAGUGCCAAGAGGUUCCAAAAAUAUCCAGAUAGUAUAAAGCAGCAAAAAGCUGCAAACUGUUCAUGCAUCCUUUCAGUGGCAUCACUCUAGCAACACGUCCUCCAUUAGGUUUAGAAGUACCAGUAAUUGAGAAUGCUACAAAAAAUGUGGGGCAAAGUCCCUGCUGACACUUUCUCACCAAAUCAAAAUGACAUGAAGUGAAAGCCAUUGCUACUACCACUACUACUGCUACAAUCUACUGUCGAUCAGCGAGUCCAACAGUUCAACACAGUAAGUUGAUGAUUGGUGUUACACAUGUUGCCAUCACUUUGAAGGGCACCAGCAUGUAUCCAUGCCAGGCAUCAUUUGGGCACAUGGUUUCUCAUGUUAAAUUUCUAGAAUAGCAAGAGUUCGCAAUACACAAAGCUGGCUUUGCAUUCUAUGCAAGUACUGCAAGUCCCCUCUGUUUAUUUGCACUUUGCAUGCCACUUUACAAGGUGCUAAAACUCUGUCAUCAUUUUCGUGGGAGUUCUCUGUGUGCUUGCCGAUGUUGUGCUGUGGUCAAGUGUAGUCGGCUUCAAUAGUUUACGGACCGCCAGAUCUGAAAAAAAAUUUUAAAUACUGAAUAUCUCAAUACCUUGGUCUCACAGCCUGGUAGUUAAAUUUCCAGCCUGUGCUAUUGUAUAUAUAAACAACACAGUUGUGCGCAGUUUUACUGGCUACAGUCGCAUACUUCUAGGAAAACCAAAUGUUGUCCGAGAUUCCUUGGUCCGUAAAGUUUUGACAAAGACUGUACAAGUGAUGCCACUUUUCACUUUUUUGAGUAACCACACAUAAGAAGUGCUGCAAUUUGUGUUUGCCUAUCUGCAACGUGUGCAUAUGGUACACUGUUUAAUUAAUUAUUUCGUUAUAUGGUAUGGGUCAGCCGUUCUUUUUUAGCUCUCUGAACUGGGCCUGAAUGUUCCUCUGUGUAUGUUUUAAGGAUUGUAUAACUCUUGCAUACCAUAUAAACGAAGGUGCUAAAGAUCUCUAGCAUGAUUGCAGUUACAUUUUGCUCCAUUCUAUUAGAAAAAGGUAGUGUUCUUCCGCCAUUAUAUCCUCUCUGGUUUUUUGACAUUUAUUUUACUUGGCAUCACUUUUCAAACGGACAUAAAGGAUCCAAUAAGCUCCACAAGAGGCUCUUGCUUUUGCUUGGUUUUGUUCAUGUUGUGAGCUCUUUCUUUUUUUGACACCACUGUGAUGUUAACGCAAUGUGCAAAACAAAUGUACGGCACGUAACGAGUUAAGCUGCCUCUGGUUUUGACAGGGUUUGUCAGAAGAUGGCAUUACAUAGCCUCAAUUUAAUCGCAGGCAGCUGAACUUAACAGAGUUUGAUGUCAUUUGUGUUAUGCAUAUAGAAAAUGCACUAGAGUCCUUAGUAGUUGUGUAUUAGCCCUAAAAUUUGCUUUCUGGCGUGUUUAUGGUGCCAUAGCUUUGACAUUAUAUCUACAGAAAGGCAAGGCCUGCUUGCAUGUAAAUAUAUACUUGGGAAAAAAAAAAAAGCUAACUGCUGGCUAUCUGUGUUUGUAUUCCUUAUUAUAAACUGCUGAGUGAGUGACCUUUAUCAAACCUCGCUUGUGAAGGAGAAACACGUGUUCACAUUGUUCUUGCUGAAGAUAAGAGAAUUAAAUGGGUGUCAGCAAGGGCAUGCAAUGCAUAGAGCUAGCAAUUAACAGCAUGUUAGGGCAGCGCAGUGGAUGCCAAGAGAAGGGUGUCCUCCUUGAAUGCAAUUGUCUGUCAAAUGCAGACAUGAAAGAGGAUCAGAUGGAGUGACAAGUUCAUGCAGUUCAGUGUAAUAUAGUUGGCGUGCAGUAAGCACAGGAUGGGAAUAAGUAGACGGCUGUGGGGGAGCCUUUGUUCUGCAGUGAACACAAUUAAGCUGCUGCUAAUAACGAUGGUGCUCUCUUGCUCAGACAGUGUGACCAUUUAUUUGCAGCUUCUCCCCUUCUUACUCUGACCAAAUUAAACUGUGGUGAAGAUCAGGUUUUAGAUGUCAUGCAGGUCCUCUUACCGCGUGGGGCAUUCACGAACAAGCCUGCAAAAAAUGUCCUGGUAAAUGUUUUUUUUAAUUCAAUGCCACGAAAUACCGUAUUCACAUGUAUGCGACAAGACAGGCUGAUUUUAGGACAUCUUGAAAGGAGCAAAGUAAAAUGUAAUGUUUACGAUUAUAACACAUAUUGAUGAGGUGCAUGACAACCACAGCCAUUGUCUUGGAAAAGUGACAAAGAGUGCGCGAAUCGUCUUGAAAUACCAUCUGGCUGUAACUUGAUUUAUUUUGCCUGUUACUUCUGCUCACUUGCUCCUCACCACAUGUGAAUAGUGCAACCAGAGAAGUCGGGCAUUGGCAUUGCUAUGCUUUCUUGGUUGUGCCAUGCUGCACCACUGAAAUACUGUGUGUGUAAGAAAGUGAAUUAAACAAAUAUUAUAUAA